GAAGGGAAGGGAAGGUGUCCAUUACAAAUUAGACUAUUUCUUCUUCAUCUAUCUAUCUCCGAUUCUGCAUAACCUUUGAUCUCUUACGAAUUUGAAUCAUAACUCUGUGCAUUGAAGGAAUCACAACUUGCGCAUCCACGAGAUUGUUUGUUGGAAGAAGAUAAGAGAUGGUGCUUCCGUUGAUGAAACUGGGUACCCUACUGGUCAAAACCGUAAGUAAGCCAUUAGCUAGUCAGCUUAAGCACCAAGCUAAAGUCCAUCCCCAGUUUCGCCAGUUUAUCAUCAACUUCGCUCAGAGGAACCACAGGAUCACGACACAAAUACAAAGAAGGAUAUAUGGGCAUGCCACUGAUGUUGAGAUUCGUCCCUUGGACGAGGAGAAGGCUGUUCAAGCUGCUGUUGACCUUAUCGGAGAGCUUUUCAUCUUUGCCGUGGGUGGAGGCGUCGUUGUUUUUGAGGUGCAGAGAAGUUCACGCUCGGAAACAAGAAAAGAGGAAGCGCGUAAGCAGGAACUAGAGGAGUUGAGAAGAAAAGAUGAAGAAGUGGAAAAGAAAAUGGCGGAUCUUCAGAGCAGACUAGCUGAGAUUGAACAACUUGCCACGGCACGUGGACUGACGGGUAUGUUUAAGUUAAGACAGCAACCCGAUGCUAAGGGGUAGCGAGAAACCAGCUGAUACAUCCGGUCAAUCAUCAUCAUCUUAAUCAAUUGUCAUCCAAGUUAACAAGAAAUACAAUAAUUGAUUCUUUUAAGAGCGAGGACUGAGUUUCCGAUUCUUUCUUUCCUUCACAUUCUUGUAUAUUGACCAUCACAGAUACAUACAUAUGUAUUCAUCAUCAUCUCUGAUUUAUAACAACUAUCGAGUCAAGUUUGGUGACAAAUAAAAAAAAGGUUUUGGUGUUGAGGUUGUAGCGCCCCAUGCUACUUUGUCUCUUCCACAUUCCUUUUGUUUAGAUUUUGGUCUUCUUUUUUUGUGAUC